UAUAAAAACUUCACAUCAGACUGUCAGUGGAGUUCACAGCACGUCAGUUUCACCAUCAACCAUGUUUUCUGUAGCUCUGCUGCUGCUGUUGGCAGCUGGAUCCUGUGUGAAGUGUGAACAGUUGACACAGCCAGCCUCUGUGACUGUGCAGCCAGGUCAACAUCUGACCAUUACCUGUCAGGUCUCUUAUUCUGUUAGCACCUACUACACAGCUUGGAUCAGACAGCCUGCAGGGAAAGGACUGGAGUGGAUUGGAAGCAGACGUGAUGGAGGGAGCACAUACUACAAAGAUUCACUAAAGAACAAAUUCAGUAUUGAUUUAGAUUCUUCCAGAAACACGGCGACUCUAAAUGGACAGAAUGUGCAGCCUGAAGAUACUGCUGUGUAUUACUGUGCCAGAUACUAUAGUGGAGGAUACUAUAGCAGCUACUUUGACUACUGGGGAAAAGGAACAAUGGUGACUGUCACAUCAGCCACUUCAACUAGACCAACUGUGUUUCCUCUGUCGGCAUGUGGUUCUGGGGCUGGAGACAUGAUCACUCUUGGCUGCCUUGCCACCGGCUUCACACCCUCCUCACUGACUUUCACAUGGACCAAAGCUGGGACUGCCUUGACGGAUUCCGUACAGUACCCUUCAGUACAGAAAGGCAACGUCUAUACAGGAGUCAGUCAAAUCCAAGUGAGGAGACAGGACUGGGGCGCAACGCAGACUGUCCAGUGUGCUGUGACACAUGUUGCGGGAAAUGCAAACACUUCUCCCAUCGUACGCCCGGACCAGAAAACAACGAUAGCACCAACAACACCAACACGAGAGCGGGUUAUUUCUCCAAAAAUCACAUUGUACCCUGUUUGGGAAGGUGACAUCGUGGCCUCACCAGUCAGACUUGUCUGCACCCUAAGUAGCUUCUAUCCAGACAAAUUGAAGGUGGAGUGGGAAAGGGACAACCAACCUCUAAACACUGUACCAACUGAAAAGAAGCUGCAGAGUGUGGAGGACAAGGAGAAAACUUUCACUCUAAGCAGUGAGAUCGAGCCAAAUAUGACACAGUGGAAAAUGGGGUCAAGUUUUACAUGCAAGGCCACUCACAACAAAAAAGAAUACAAAAAAAUAAUAGAUAUUUGUCAAGUCCAUGCAAGUGCUACUCCUUCCAUUCAUGUGGAGAUUCCCAGCUUCAAAACUGUAAUGAUGGCAGAAUCUGAAGUGAAAGCAACAUGUUCUGUCCACACUGUUCUUGAUGCCAAGGUGACCUGGCUGAUGGAUGGAAAAGCUGCAACAAGUGCCACCGAGAUGAGAAACGCAACUCAUAUAAUCAGUGAUGUGACAGUUGGAAGAAGUCAGUGGAUACAACUCAAGUUGAUAACAUGUAAAGCUGAUCAUAAGUGUUUCUCAUUCACUGAGAGAGUGAAUGUUGCUGGGCCUGUAGUUACAGCUCCAUCAGUGGAGAUCAAGAGAUCUCUCCCACAUUUGCUGAAGGGAGAAAGUGCUGUGCUCCAGUGUGACAUCACAAACCUCUCCUCCAGUGACCUCUACGUCACCUUUCAGGCCAACAAUGUUGAUAUCUCUGACAAACAGUAUGUUGAUCUUCCUGAAGCCUCAGGCCUCCAUUCAGUCACAAGACACUUCUCUGUCCCUCAAAGUCACUGGAAGAAAGACACAACUUUCACCUGCAAAGUCCAGCAAGGUUUCUCAAACAGCUUCACACAGUCGAACCCAACUGGCCAUAUCUUUGUGGAGCCAUCUAUGGAAGUUCUUUUGGUCCCCAGUGAAGGGUCAGAAUCACAGAAACUCUUCUGCUCUGGAUGGGGCUUCAAUCCUCAAAUGAAAUGGCUUUCUGAGUCUCAGGAAAUACCUUCAAACAGUGACAUCACCAUGGGUGCAGAUGGACAUGUGGCCGUAACCAGUCAAGUUGAAAUCACUCAAAAAAAGUGGAUAACAGGGAAUGACUUCACUUGUGAAGUGUCUGACAAGUCUCUGAAUAAAAAAGUCAACAAGGGCAUCAGCCUCUGCUCAGGUUAUUCAAGAGCCUCUCCUUCCAUUCAUGUGGAGAUUCCCAGCUUCAAAACUGUAAUGAUGGCAGAAUCUGCAGUGAAAGCAACAUGUUCUGUCCACACUGUUCUUGAUGCCAAGGUGACCUGGCUGAUGGAUGAAAAAGCUGCAACAAGUGCCACCGAGACGAGAAACGCAACUCAUAUAAUCAGUGAUGUGACAGUUGGAAGAAGUCAGUGGAUACAACUCAAGUUGAUAACAUGUAAAGCUGAUCAUAAGUGUUUCUCAUCCACGAAGAGUGUGAAUGUUGCUGGGCCUGUAGUUACAGCUCCAUCAGUGGAGAUCAAGAGAUCUCUCCCACAUUUGCUGAAGGGAGAAAGUGCUGUGCUCCAGUGUGACAUCACAAACCUCUCCUCCAGUGACCUCUACGUCACCUUUCAGGCCAACAAUGUUGAUAUCUCUGACAAACAGUAUGUUGAUCUUCCUGAAGCCUCAGGCCUCCAUUCAGUCACAAGACACUUCUCUGUCCCUCAAAGUCACUGGAAGAAAGACACAACUUUCACCUGCAAAGUCCAGCAAGGUUUCUCAAACAGCUUCACACAGUCGAACCCAACUGGCCAUAUCUUUGUGGAGCCAUCUGUGGAAGUUCUUUUGGUCCCCAGUGAAGGGUCAGAAUCACAGAAACUCUUCUGCUCUGGAUGGGGCUUCAAUCCUCAAAUUAAAUGGCUUUCUGAGUCUCGGGAAAUACCUUCAAACAGUGACAUCACCAUGGGUGCAGAUGGACGUGUGGCCGUAACCAGUCAAGUUGAAAUCACUCAAACAGAGUGGAAAACAGGGAAUGACUUCAGAUGUGAAGUGUCUGACAAGUCUCUGAAUAAAAAAGUCAACAAGAGCAUCAGCCUCUGCUCAGUAACUCCAGCAUCAUCUCAGAUAGUUGGGGUGUAUGUUCAGGGACCACCACUGCAGGAGUUUCAGAAGAAGGGACAAGUGACUGUUACUUGUCUUCUGGUCGGCACACGUCUUAAUGAUUUCUCUAUCACCUGGAAAGUAGAUGGUAAACGUUCCCUGAAUGUCCAUUCAGAGCCACCAGUGAGUCACAGGAAUGGGACAGAGACUUUGCGGAGCUUCCUCAAUGUGUCGGCAGAGGACUGGCACGCACAUAAACAAGUGUCUUGUGAAGGAAAGCACCGAUGUGCCGUCCGCAGCUACCAGGACCAUAUAAGCAAAAGCAAAGACCUUUAUCAACCAACAGUGAAGAUAAUACAACCAACUGACUCUGAGCUCUCUACAUCAGACGUCCUCACACUUGUUUGCCUAGUUUCUGGAUAUUUCCCACCCAAUAUCAGAGUGUACUGGAAAGAGAAUGGCCAGAGACUUCCAUUAACUCGCUACACCAACAGUGAUGCAUGGCAAUACACAGGGAGCAGCACUUAUUCAAUGAGCAGCAACUUAAACAUAUCCAAAACUGAGGACAAGAGUUCUACAUAUUCUUGUGCUGUGAGACAUGAGUCAUCUGAAACACCUUUUGAAAGCAGUAUACAAAAUGUGUUUGCCACAGUGACCUACAGCAAACUUUCAGCCACCUUGCUCCAGGGAACCAGUGGACUCGUAUGCCUGGUCUUUGACUUCAGCCCUGAAUCCAUUAACAUCACUUGGUUUCUUUAUGGCUCCAUAGAACUGUUUGACUACAACACUAGCGAGCCUUAUAGAGGCCAGAACGGAAAGUUCAGUGUCCGAAGCCAUCUUCAUCUGUCUCAAGGCUACUGGUUACCUGGGGCAGUCAUCACCUGCAGGGUGACACAUGCAAACACCACCCUAUCCCUGAAUAUAUCUAAACCAGAUAUGUUGGAGCACUGUGAUUUCUUUGAUGAAAUCAUGCAUGCUGAUGUGAACCAAGACAUAGGUGCAGGAAGCUGGUAUAUGGCUGUCGCUUUCCAUAAUUUUUUUCCUCAUCUCUGUCAUCUAUGGUGUCUCAGCUACCAUAAUCAAGACUAAAUGAUAAUGAUCACGGGACAGACCCCAUCUAUGAACUUUGGGUUGUUUGUGUGUUUUUUGUUUGUUUUAAUGGACUAGUUUUAAAGUUCUUUUUAUUUUUUUUACAUUUCUAAAUACAAAUACAAAUACAUAAAAUAAUGAAGGUUCUGAUUUUGUGAUUCAAAUGCCAAUAUAAUAAAUAUUAUCUGACUGUAUUAUUUCUUGCAUUUAGAAAAAAAUAAAGAUUCAAAUAUGGAAAA